UUCUGGUGAAGAGCGGGGUAGAUCUGAGCCUCAUGUACACCAAGAUGUCACUGCUAACUGUUUACGUUCUGUUCAGCGCCACUUAUGUUCCCAGUGGUUUAAGUCAGUUGGUGUACAACAUGGACACUUGCACCAAUGUGACAUUCCACAGAAGGUCUGAGAUGGAUGAUCUGGUGUUUACUGGAGGUCUUGUAGAAGAGAUGAACCAGGUGGACAUGAGGGCUGAAUGUUUCUCUGAGUGUCAAUGGCGGAAGCUGUGUAACCUGGUCUUGUACAACCCUCUCACCAGAAAGUGUAGACUACACUCUGCAGCCUUCGACUCUAACAGUGAUGGCUCCUCUGAGCCUGGAUGGCAGUACUAUGGCGUGUCGUGUGAUGGGUACAGACUGGCUAACGCUCGUCCAGAUGUAGACAUCAUCAACACAGCCGUUGAAGACGUUUGUCAGCAUCCCUUUAACGUCGUUGCUGCUAACAGAACAUCAUCCUGUCUGCGAGAUGGAUCUUGGGAAAGUGUCAGGAUCAAAUGCACCUCAUGUUACACUGGCACGCCCGGGCCGUCUUUGAAUCCAUCAACAACUCGAACUGAAGUCUUGCCCUUUGACCUGGCUGUUGGGUUGACCUUAAGGGCGAUGGUUGCAGGAGAUUUCUUACAGUUCAAUACAGUGUAUUUUGAGCUGCCCAACACUGACCGUGUGCUCAUCGUGUCCCUCCGAUGGAGCUACUCAACAUUGAUCCUCAACACGAAGCAAGGAGGAAUUUUUGGGCAGGAGGAGGUUCUACAAAACGUCGGUGUGGGCAACAUCAAGAACUAUGAGCUUGAAAUCCAAUUGACUAACACGUCCUUUAAGAUUUUCUUCGAUGGGACGUUCCGGAUGGAGUUCCAGAUGCGGCUCCCUCUCACCGGCGUCCGACGUAUCUCACUGUUGGGAUUCACAGCCAUCCACAGUGUUCAACUCUUCUGUUAGAGAAGUGUGAUUUUGUGCUGCUUGUGUUCCCUGACGUCAGCAUUUCAACGUAUAAAUAAAACAAAAAGAAAAAGAAAGAGGAAGAAAACUGGAAGUUGAACUACCUUUUUGAGAUUCAGUCCAAACCCGUUUUGUCUGUGGCAGUAUUUUAACAACUAACACAUCCUUUCUUAUGUCAAUGUGGAGUUUUGUUUCAUGCCACAUGCCAGACAUUUUCUGGAUGGAUGCCAGAAAUGAGCUUCACACCUUGAAUUCAUGUGCUGAAUCUAACCCGCGUUCAACGUGACGAGCGAACGAUUUAACCAUUUUAAACGAUUGAACUUUUUCCUUUUAAUAGAAAUGUGUAAAUGGCAAUAUCAUGCUGUACAAUUCGAUUUUAGAAUCGAUUAUAAUCGUAGUAUAUGUGUUCUCAUUAUGUUUGGCUAAUUUGUUCAAAGUCACCAGCAUAUGAAGGGAUGAUUUAAAUCGAGCUAGGGCCCAUACAGGUAGCAAUUGUGCUGUAAGUCCCCAUCGUCCCCGGCAGGGUGAUCUACCAUCAGUUGCUGUUGAUCUUCAGCCUGUUUUUACAUUGUAUUUUCUGUACUAUUUGUCUAAUUUCAAAAGUUACCUGCUAGUUUUAUAUCUCUAACUGUGAUAAUCUAAUUAUUUUAUUGUCCUUUGUCGACAGGUUUUAUA